CUUCAGUACGUUCGAAAUCGGAAAAAAGAAAAGAAAAGAAAAGAAAAGAAAAUUCCAGUUCCCGGCAAUGGCCGACGAGGAAGUGGAGCUCAACGACGAGCAGAAGAAGGAGAUCGCGAAGUGGUUUCUUCUUAACGCUCCGGCCGGGGAAAUCCAAUUCGUCGCUAAAGAUGUCAAAAAGAUUUUGAACGACGAUGAGUUGUACCACGAGGCAGCAUCUGAAGCUUUUCCACAGUACAACAAAUCGCACAUGGUUUGCAUCGAAAUGCCUGGCCUACUAGGAGAUGUGAUUCUUACACCGUUCAAUGAGCUUGAAGAAAACGAGUUUCUUGACCCAAGAACUGCACAAGUUGCUAUAAUUGACAAUAUCAAACAGGUGUGUACUGAAGUCAGACCUGCAUUGGAUGAAGAACUCCCAUCUGCAUAUGUUGAGGAAUUUCGAGGCUCCAUAGAGGCAGAAAUUGCUCGAUAUGUUGGUGAAAUGUAUCCUAAAGGCGUUUACUCAAUUUACUGUGUAAAUGGAAAAGAUGCGGAUGGACCUGAAUUUGAUUUCGAGCUUGUUGUGGUUAUUUCUGCUACUAGACAUAGCCCUCAGAACUUCUGUAAUGGAAGUUGGCGUUCGACGUGGAACAUUGAGUUUAAAAACGAUUUUCAAACGAUUGAAAUAAGAGGGAAAAUGCAGGUAGUUGCGCAUUACUUUGAGGAGGGAAAUGUCCAAUUAGACACAAAGCAUGAAUGUAAUGAUUCAACUAUCAUGCAGUCUCCUGAAGAUUGUGCAGUUGCAGUAGCCAAUAUUAUUCGUCAUCACGAGGCAGAAUACUCGGCAUCUCUUGAGACAUCCUAUUCAAACUUGCCUGAUACCACCUUCAAGGAUCUUCGGAGGAAGCUUCCUGUUACUCGGACCCUAUUUCCAUGGCAUAAUGCCUCGCAAUUCAGCUUAACAAGAGACAUUGCUAAAGAACUUGGAGCUGGAAAGUAAAUGCUCAAACAUCAAAAACAGGAGAGCCUUGUUCACAUUACAGGUAAAACAAAGAUAACAAAUCUCAUUCCCCUUUCAUCUGCCUUUGGAGUCUUUUUUCUUUCUUUCCUCGAGUUUCGCUUCCUUGUUUCGAUUUCUUCCAUGUUGUAUUUAUUCUUAUGAGUUGCUGUUGUAUAGCUGGAAAUGCAAUGGGAUCAUACCGAUUGUAUGUGCACAUAAUUUGUAAAGUGAUUGCUAUGUGUUCUGUUUUACUGGGUUUGAUUUUGAAAUAGAUUAUAGUUCUUGCUUCA